GGAAACGAUAAGGCGCCCUGGCGAUUCACCGGCAGGGCGCUGUACCAGCUCAAUCUCGUGAGAUCCUCCGAGGCCCGCAAGCACGUGCCGAAGGACCUCAAGCUCGUCGAGCUCUUCGGAUGGACGCUGGGCGGUGUCUACUUGGCGAGGUACGACGACUCGCCCGCGGGAACCUUCGACGAGAUGGUCGCCCUUGGCGGUCUGGUGUGGAACCCGCCCACAUCGUGCGCGUGGGCCGCGAGGGUCCUGGUCAACAGCAAGGAGGCGAGGCAGCACGGCGUCAAGACAUGCGGGCUCCCCUCGCACUUCGUCGACUUCAACGACGAGCUGGAUCGUGCGCCCGAGAGGCACGGUUGGUGGAAGGACACGAGGCCCGAGUCCGGGCUCGCGCGGGCCGAGAGGUUCGUGAAGGGCGGAUGGAAGAAUGCGCUGCGCAAGAAUGAUGAGGCGCCCAAGGAGACGAAGGGCGGGGAGAGGGUGGUCGUGAGGGACGGUAAGGGCGCCGAGCUAUGCUCGCUCGCGCUUCCCCACGCGGCGCCGUCGCUGCCGGGACCCAGGAUCAAGAUGUUCCUCCCGAGCUUCAGCGGCCGCACCGACACCUGCCCGGACCUGCUCAAGUACUCUCUCGAGCUCAACGCGAACGUGAGGCUGAGCGCGCCCCUCGCCGUGGCGUCACUGACUGCGUCGGAUCCCACGCCGGCGCCCGCCGCCGUCGUGAGCGACGAGUCACCGGCGGCGGAGAGGGACGCGGCGCUCGCUGGAAUCCUCCGCGGCAAGCCGCUGCUCUGCAUAGCCUUCGACUGCAUGCAGAUGGACGUGGGCGUGCCCAAGGUUGUG